ACUGAUUAUUGAAUAUUAAUUGUUGUAAUAAAUAUUAAUAAAAUAAUCAAAGCAUUAAUUCAAACAAAACUGAACCUCAGAUUUUUACGAGAAAAUUUUCAAAAUGAAGUCGAUUUAUAUCGAUCUAAUCGAUCUAAUCGAUCUACAGAUUUGAAAUCCAAAACAGAAAAAAGGAUUUGGCGGUUAACCUUUUUUAAUGUGACUAAAAUUGUUUUGAUUUUAUUUUAUUUUAAUUAUCACAAUCUAAUGUUAAAAUGAUUAAAUUUUCUAUUCCUAAUAAAUUAGAGGACCUACUUGCCGUCUCUGAUGCACGUAGCUACAUUGUUUCACAGCAAUAUUCUAUUCGUGAAAUAAAUGAUUAUCUGGAUGGAUUCAAUGCCAAAUUCAAGCUAGAAGGGCCAACUUUCAUUUUAAAGGAUUUUGAUUAUAUUUACAGUGGCAUCAAGAAUUUCAAAACGCUUAAUUCCAAAGAGAAAAAUAUUUUACUUAAAACGCUGGUGAAUAUUCUAGUCAAAUUCGAAGAUGAUUUGACACAUGAAUUCCAGAAGUCUCGUUCUACCGUUCUUACUGAUCUAGAGGAAAAACUUCGCCAUUGUAACCUACUCAAAAUGCUCAUUUUUUCUGUUGGCUCCUUAAUUGAAAUAAUAGAAGGCUCUCCGCUUUCCAACAAAUGGCAACAAAAUGAACACACUGACGUACGUAUGUCAGCUAAAAAGAAAACUGAACCUGUCAUCAACAAUUAUGAACGGGAACGAGAGAGAUCUAUCAAUGUAAUCUACAAGUUGAUUUUGAUGCCUUUGCAAUUGCUCUUCCAACCUGCUGUUGUUGAGGAAGAUUUAAUUAGAUGUAUCUCAUCAUGUUGCUGGAGAUUAGUUGAAAAUCAGCAUCUUCAUCGUAAUAAACCUUUGAUGGAUAGCGUCUUCCACAUAAUUGGAUACACAAUUGAAAAAUACUCUGGAAGUUUAGGUUUUUGCUUAAAAAUAAUUCAACUUCUUCAGCAUCGAGAAAAUCUUGUCUCAAUUUUGGCUCAGUUGGUUUCAUCUGUCGUAAAAAAUCACAACCAGAGUUUAUUGAUUAGUGAAAUCAUUCGUGAAAUUGAGAGGAUCGAUAUAAAAGAACUUUCAAGAGACUCCAGUGGCCCAAAAGCUAUUUCCUCAUUCCUCAGUGAAGUUGCCGAAAAAUGUCCAAAAGAAAUGAUGAAUUCUAUCGCUAAUCUGCUACCAUUUCUUGAACAAGACUCUUACAUGAUGAGAAAUGCUACUCUUUCAAUCAUUGGGACGAUUAUAUCGGAAAAUCUAAGUCAAGACAAGAUGACUUCACGGGAGAAACAUCUGCGAGAUGAACUUUUGAAUAAAUUGGAACUUCAUUUGCUUGAUAUUUCUUCAUAUACUCGAGGUAGAGCUUUGCAAGUUUGGUCCAAGCUUUGUCAAGAACGUAAGAUUCCACUAGCAAAACUUGACUCACUGAUGGAAACUGUGGUCGGUCGUCUUCAAGAUAAAACAACCUAUGUUAGGAAAUAUGCAGUCCAAUUUCUCACUUAUUUCCUUAGCUCUGAUAUCUUUGCCAUCCAACUUGACUUAAAAGUUAUAGUUGAUGCCCACGAUAAAGCCCAAAAUCGGCUCAAAGAGUUAUUGACUUUGAAAGAACAAUUAGAAAAUAAAGGAGAAAAACUAAAUCAAUCUGACCCAUUGGAUGAUUGGCACUCUAUUGAAACAGAAUUGCUCGAGUUUUUGCUGAAUUCUUGUCAAGCUGUCGAAGAGAUAAUUGAAAACGAUGAAAAUGAUGAAGAACAGGAUUUGGAAAACUUUGAAGAUUUAAUCGAUUCGGUUAAAACGGAGUUAGAUGAACGUAAUUUUCUUAACGUUAUAAAGCUUUAUGGACUUAUCAAAGCAAACUUCCCUGAUAAAGAUAUUUUUCAAAAUAAGGAUCAAUCAAAGAAAUCUCAGGAAAAGGGAGUUGAUGAUAACGAGAGUGACUCUGAAAAUGAAAAGAAAAGUGAAGAGGACAAAGAAAACGAAGCCGAUGGCGAAGCUCUCGAUGAAAGUUCUACCCAAGAAAGUGAAGAUGUUCCAUCUAAUGAUGAAAAUGUUACUCAAAAGAUUGUGUUGUUCUGCAAAAACGUUUUUAUGGAAACGUAUAAUAAUAAGACAGACUUUACAAGUGAGGAGAGUAUGAGAGGUGAAAUUAGCAAAGUAAUCAAAGGAGGAAGCCAAGCUGAUCCGAAUACUACUCAAUCUGCAAGCUCUCAAGAAGAGUCUCUUGAGAAAAUUCUUUCAUUGAUUGAAAAGCAGAAGAAUCUUAUCCGCUAUCUUGAAGACAUUAUGAAAGUAACACGUUAUUUGAAGUCAUCUGUCCCAUUGGUUUGUACUCUUCUCUACUCAAAAAAUAUUCAAGAUGUUCAAGAAGCUAUCAACUUUUUGGUCACUGCCUAUGAAUUUGGUAUCAAGGAAGAGGCUGAAGUUGGACUCAGGAAGAUGAUCAUUUUAAUAUUUUCAUCUGAUGGCACAAAAAAAGAAGUAAUUGAUGCUUACAAAAGAAUUUUAUUUAAUGCUCCUGAAAACUCUAAUAAGACAGGAUUAGAGAAAGCCAGAUCUGUUGUGAAGAAACUAAUUGAUUUAGUUAAAGGAUCUAAUUUAGAUGAAAUUAUUUCCCUACAAGAAUUACUUCGUGAAAUUCAUAACUCAAAUGAUCUCGAUAAACACGUAAUGCAGUUACUUUGGGACAAAUUUGCGCUUCGUUCAGCUCAAACUACCGAGGAAGAGAGUCGUAUUUGUGUUCAAUUGAUCUCCAUGUUGGCUUCUUCUAAUCCUCAAUUAAUCAGAAAAAAUCUUGAUAUUCUUGUUUCAGUUGGACUUGGUGAUCGAGCCCUGACAGAUUUGAAACUUGCCCGUUACACUUGUACAGCUCUUUCCAAAGCUAUGACGAAUCAAGGACGAAUUGUCACAACUGAACUUCCAUAUCGACUUCUCAAAAAUCAUUCUGUGUUUGAAAAUAUUUCUAGAGUUGUUGUUGAAACCUUUCCUCUUAUCGAACUUGAGGGAUGGUUUCCAAUGUGCGAAGAGGCCUUAAAAGUUGUUUUCAAUCUAGCUGAACAUCCUGAUAUGAUCGCUGAAGAUAUUCUAUACGGCAUGAUCAGAUGUUUGAUGGAACUUAAUCAAUCGAAAUCAUCUAAUAGCUCAAUAGCCUCAGAGGAUGGUAAGAACUUGAGCGAUAAAGAAUCACCUUCCAGCCAACAUUCUUCUAAAGUAUCCUCAACUAAUUUAAGUACUUCUUCAACGGCCCCAAUCAUGAUCUCACCGAAACUUUUAGCAAGAUUUAUCUCUUGUAUCGGCUCCAUUGCCAUGAAUUUGUUAAUUCAUCUAGAGGUGAAUGUUUUUACUGAACUAAAAACGCGAAAUGCCAUCAAAGAAGAACGAGAAAAUAGGAAAAGCUUAUCGCAAACUACUAUUUCAAUGAGAAGAAAGUCUGGGAGAAAAAGUAUGGGCGCUGGAAAAGAAGAGGAAGAAGAAAUGGGACUAACUGGGGUUGUUUCAGCAGAAGACGCUGAGGCUGAAUUUAUAGCUUCACUCUGUAACUCAGAGAUUGUUGAUCCAAAUGAUAGAUUUGAAAAUUUACUCGUUCGUUUGGCUAAACUCGUUAUCAAAGUUGCCAGUGACCCACAAAAUUAUCCCAAUCAACAAUUAAAGACAGCAGCAAGUUUAACUUUGGCUAAAUUUAUGACCAUCAGUGAAAAAUUUUGUAAAGAUAAUUUACGUUUAUUGGUUACCAUUCUUAAGAAAGCCGAAGAUCCAAUUAUUCGGUCAAAUACAAUCAUUGCUGUUGGUGAUCUUUGUGUUAGAUUUCCUAAUCUAUUGGAACCAUGGACUUCCCAUUUAUACCAAUCUCUAAGAGAUGAAUGUAUUCUGGUUCGAACCAACGCACUCAAAGUGAUAUCCCGUCUGAUACUUUCUGAUAUGAUCAAAGUUCAAGAUCAAAUCAGUGAAAUUGCCAAACUAAUGGUUGAUAAAGAGGAUAGUAUCUCAUCUUUCGCAAAACUAUUUUUCACUCAAUUGAGCAAAAAACUUAACGCUGUUUAUAAUGUUUUACCUGAUAUCAUCAGUAAUUUAUCUGAUGCUAAAGUCGGCAUAGAAGAGAAUGAUUUCAGAACUAUAAUGCGCUUCCUCUUUGAGUUAAUCGACAAAGAACGCCAUACUAUUGGACUUUUAGAAAAAAUGUGUCAAAGAUUUAAAAAUACAUUGGAUGAAAGACAAUGGGUUGAUCUAGCAUUCUGUUUAAGUUUACUUAAAUAUUCCGAUAAAUCAAUCACAAAGUUAUUUGAAAAUUUCUCAUGUUUUGCAGACAAAGUUUCUGUUGCAAGUGUUUAUGAACUGUUCAUGCUUAUUGUUGCCAAUACCAGAAAAACAACUGGUCUUAAAAAUGAAACUAAACAAAUUUUGGAUGAAUUUGAAAGUAAAUUGAAACAGGCUAAAAACAAAGGAGUUGACGAAGCUGAAAUUGAAAAAGAGGAUGGUGAAGAGGAAAUCGAAGAUGUUGAAGCUGCUAAGAAUGACGAAGAUAUCGCUGUCAAUGAAGAACCAGAAGCAGCUGAGUAACAGUCUAGUUAUACAAGAACAAAGAGAAGCGUCCAUCAAACACAAUUUAAACCCAUCACAGAAAAAUCAUAUGUUUAUUUUAAAUCUUCAUUUCAUAACAAAUGAUAUUUCAAUUGUACUUUUUGUAUAUUUAUUUUUAUAUUAAUAUUCAAUUACUGCGCUAGUGAACUAGCAAUGUUAUAAGCAAUUAAAUUUUAAAUGUUGCUAUUUUACA